AUGCCCAUCAUUCAGCGCUCUGCCGUUCGCGCUGUGUCGCGCGCUUCCCGCAUGGCUAGUCGUGUGGCUCGCCAGAACGCUGCCGGCCUGUCGACCGCUGCCCGUGUGGCCGCUCCGUCGCUGCGCUCGGCUGGUGUUCCCAGCAUUGCCAAGGCCAUGAACAUUGGUGCUCGUGGUCUUGCCACUGAGGCCAAGACUGGUGCCGGUCAGGUCGGUGCUAUCCGUGCCGUUAUCGGUGCCGUCGUUGACGUUCACUUCGAGACUGACAGCCUUCCCGCCAUCUUCAACGCCCUGGAGGUCCAGGACAUGAAGAACGGUGGCCGCCUCGUUCUGGAGGUUGCCCAGCACCUUGGUGAGAACACUGUUCGUUGCAUUGCUAUGGACGGUACCGAGGGUCUUGUCCGUGGUCAGAAGGUCCUUGACACUGGUGCCCCGAUCACUAUCCCCGUCGGUAACGGUACCUUGGGCCGUAUCCUGAACGUCACUGGUGAGCCUGUGGAUGAGCGUGGUCCGGUUAAGACUGACGUCUACCGCCCGAUCCACCGUGAGCCCCCGGCGUUCGUUGAGCAGUCGACUGAUGCUGAGAUUCUUGAGACUGGUAUCAAGGUGGUCGACCUGCUCGCCCCAUACGCUCGUGGUGGUAAGAUUGGUCUGUUCGGUGGUGCCGGUGUCGGUAAGACCGUGCUGAUUCAGGAGCUUAUCAACAACAUUGCCAAGGCCCACGGUGGUUUCUCGGUGUUCACUGGUGUCGGUGAGCGUACUCGUGAGGGUAACGAUCUGUACCACGAAAUGAUUGAGACUGGUGUCAUCAACGUUGACGGUGACUCGAAGGUCGCUCUCGUGUUCGGUCAGAUGAACGAGCCCCCGGGUGCCCGUGCCCGUGUCGCCCUGACCGGUCUGACCAUCGCCGAGUACUUCCGUGACGACGAGGGUCAGGAUGUGCUGCUCUUCAUUGACAACAUUUUCCGUUUCACUCAGGCUGGUUCGGAGACUUCGGCUCUGCUGGGUCGUAUCCCGUCGGCUGUCGGUUACCAGCCGACCCUUGCCACGGAUAUGGGUGCCAUGCAGGAGCGUAUUACCACCACCAAGAAGGGUUCGAUUACCUCGGUGCAGGCCGUUUACGUUCCGGCCGACGAUGUGACUGACCCUGCCCCGGCCACGACCUUCGCCCACUUGGACGCCACCACUGUGUUGGACCGUUCGAUUGCCGAGCUGGGUAUCUACCCGGCCGUCGACCCGCUGAACUCGAAGUCGCGUAUGCUUGACCCGUCGAUUGUUGGUGUGGAGCACUACAACGUUGCUUCGGGUGUGCAGAAGCUUCUUCAGGACUACAAGUCGCUCCAAGAUAUCAUUGCCAUUCUGGGUAUGGAUGAGUUGUCGGAGGAGGACAAGCUCACUGUCGAGCGUGCCCGUAAGAUGCAGCGUUUCCUGUCGCAGCCUUUCGCUGUGGCCCAGGUCUUCACUGGUAUCGAGGGUCGUCUUGUGUCGCUCAAGGACACCAUCAACGCCUGCAAGGAGAUUCUGUCGGGUAAGCAUGACAACCUCCCUGAGGCUGCCUUCUACAUGGUGGGUGGUAUCGAUGAUGCUGUCGCCAAGGCUGAUGAGAUCAGCAAGCAGUCCAACUAA